AUGCCGACACGAACGCGCCUGGACACGGGGUGGAGCUACACACAGCGCGCGAACGCUUCGUUUCCUGACGUCGUCGACGCCUGGCGCGCCUGCGCGCGCUUCCCGACCGACGUGCAUGCCGAGCUCGAGGCGGCCGAGGUGAUUGCGAACCCGCAUCGGGGGAUGAACGAGUGGGAUGUGCAGUGGGUAUCCGAGGCCGACUGGGCCUUCAAGACGACCUUCACUGCCCCCUCGUCUGGGCAGUACACCGACCUCGUCUUCGACGGGCUAGACACGUACUGCGCUAUCCUGGUGAACGGGACGCAGGUCGCGACGACAGACAACAUGUUCCGGUCCCAUCGCGUACGCAUCGCGCCGAAGGCAGGCACAAACUCGCUCGAGCUGGUCUUCGCGGCGCCGUGGACGCGCGCCAAGGCGCUCGAGGCGCAGCAUGGCGCGCGCACCGUGUGGAAUGGGGACGGGAGCCGCGUGUACGCGCGUAAAGCGCAAUAUGGCUGGGGGUGGGAUUGGGGCCCGGCGAUCCUCACUGUCGGGCCGUGGCGCGACGUGUGGCUCGAGGCCUUUGCGUACCGGCUCGACAAUGUGCGUUUCGACGCCGACGUCGAGGGCGCGGGGUAUGACCGCGCGGUCCUGCGCGUCUUCACGCUCAAUGUCGUGCCGGAGCCAAGCGACGCCGAGCGUGACAACCUGCGCAUCGCCUAUACCCUCACGGACGGGGAUGGAACGGUGGUGCACCAGAGCGUGCUCCCCCUCGACGACCUGCUCGACGUCGACCUGCAGGGCAAAGUCAAGCUGUGGUGGCCGGUACGGUACGGCGCGCAGCCGCUAUACGAGCUAGACAUCGCGCUCUUGUCGCCCGACGGGGCCACGCUCGCGGGGUACGCUUCGCGCGUGGCGUUCCGCCACGUGCGGCUCAUCCGCGAGCCGCUGCCGCCUGUGACGAGCGCCGUCUUCUCCGACCCCGGGGGACAGUCGUUCGUGUUCCAGAUUAACGGCGUGCGGAUCUUUGCCGCCGGCGCGAACUGGAUUCCUGGCGACACGAGCCUCAGCCGCAUGAGCGCGGGCGACUAUGCGAAAUGGGUGAAGCGGCUCGCCGACGGCAACAUGAACAUGCUCCGCGUGUGGGGCGGCGGCGUGUACGAGUCGCCCGCGCUGUACGACGCGUGCGACCGCCUCGGCGUGCUCGUGUGGCAGGACUUCAUGUUCGCGUGCGGGCUGUACCCGAGCUUCGACGUGUUCAACGCCAGCGUGAAAGCCGAGGCUGAGGACGCGGUGCGCCGCCUGCGCGUGCAUCCGUGCGUUGUCAUCUUUGCGGGGAACAACGAGGACUAUACGCUCGCCGAGAGCGAGGGUGUGGCGGACUACGACGACGCGAGUGGGGACUAUAGCGGGUCCAAGUUUCCAGCUCGCCACAUCUACGAGAUCAUCCUCCCGCGCGUCGUGGCGCGCGACUCGACGAUCCCGUACGUCCGCGGCUCGCCGUACGGCGGGCGCACGUCCAACGACCCGACGACGGGCGAUAUCCACCAGUGGUCGGUCUGGCACGGGGCGCAGGAGCCGUGGUCCGCGUGGCCGCGGCUGGCCGGGCGCUUCGUGUCCGAGUUUGGCAUGCAGGCGUGGCCGCAUGCCCGCACCGUCAAGCAGUUCUUCGACGACCCCGAGACUGCCGAAGGCGACGCCCAGUGGUAUCCGCAGAGCAGGGUCGCCGCACAGCACAACAAGGCGGCGGGGUUUGAGCGCCGCCUGGCCCUCUACCUCGCCGAGAACUUUCGCGGCACGCCCGACGCGGCCAGCGUAGCGGGAUACGCGUACGCGACGCAGCUGGUCCAGAGCGAGGCGCUCGCGGCGGCGUACCGCGCCUGGCGAAGGAACUGGAAAGGCCGCGGGAGGGAGUAUACCGCCGGCGCGCUCGUGUGGCAGCUUAACGACUGCUGGCCGUGCGUGUCGUGGGCGAUUGUCGACUUUUAUGGACGGGCGAAGCCGGCGUACUUCGCUAUCAAGCGGGAACUGGAGCCCGUCGUCGUGGGCCUCCACCGCCGCGAGACCAAGACGUACGACGAGGCAAGUAACGCCCGCUACACCAUCGCCCACACCCUCGAGAUCUGGGCGGCCAACGCCACGCUGCGCGAGGAAAAGGUCACACUCGAGGUCGUGACCUACGAGCUGGGCACGGCAGCGCCGAUCUCCCGCAUGCGACUGGACGUCACGCUGCCGCCGAAUGCGAGCACCGAGGUGUCCAGCGCCCCCUUGCCGGGGCAGGAGCCGCGCCACUCCGAGGCCGUGCCCCCGCGCCCUAUUGUCGUGUCGGCGCGCGUGCUUGGCUCGGACGGUACGGUGCUGGCACGCACGGCCAACUGGCCCGAGCCGUACAAGUUCCUCGACCUGCCCGAGCCCGGCCUGCACCUCGACGUGAACGGCGACUCGGUCACCGUCAGCGUCACCGCACCACUUAAAGGCCUCGUGCUCGACGCCGACGCCGACCUCGAGUUCAGCGACCAGGCCCUAGACGUCUUCCCGCACGACCCGCAGACCGUCACCGCUCCCGGGCUCAACGGACGUCCAGUCCACGCCCGAUACCUUGAGAACAAGUGA